AAGUUGUUCGGAUGCUCACCAAAUGUUACUACUUUUCUUUCUUUCCUUUAUUUGUUACACCUAAACGUUUCUCAUGUUCAUUGUUCUUGAAUUAAACAUGCCAAAGAUGCUUAUCCAAACUAAUCAAGCUAUAUAUUAUAUAUAAGCAUAUUCUUUUACUCUAACUUGGACGUACCUAGUAGUCCUCACAUGUCAUAAAGCAUGGUGUUUCUAGUUCCUACUCCUCUCCACUCGUCACUGUGAGUUUUUCUUUUCCUUCCUUUCACUACUCAAUCAUAUGAAACAGGGUUCCUGAUCAAAAAGCUUCGGUUACAGAUUUGGGUUUCUUUCUUGCUGAAUGGUCACAUGAACUUUCUCUCAUUGAGGCUUUUAUAGAAUUGGUUGUGAGUGCGUUAUAUCUUUAGGAGUUCACCAUCACAUGACAAAAUCUAGUUGGGGUUUCAAUCUUGGUCUUAGAAGUGGUUACAAUAAAAGUAGUGUUUUUCUGGGUUCCUGGAUCUCCUUCUAAGUUUUCUUGACCAUCUGAGUUGUUAUAAGUAUAAAGUAUUCGGUAUUGUUCCCUUUCCUCCUUCAUAGGCUUCAUUGGGUUCUGUUCAGCUUUUGGCUUCCCCAAUGAAAACUUGACCUUUAGCUCUCCUCUCUCUCCAACCCCCACCCUAGUAUAGCAUAUAUUAAUGUUCACACUGGUUUGUCUCGGAUUUACAUCACUCUGAUCGAGUGGGAAGGACAGAUCAGGGUGUGUGGAUUGCUUAAAUAGGCUGUCAAGUUCUGUCUCACUUCAGAUUUGUUUCUCUGGUUGAAAUGGGGAAGCUUAGUUUUGGAAGGGUGCUAGGCUCUCUUUGUCUUUCUUCUGGAUCAAGUUCUUGUUUCUGCAUGAACUACUCCGAGGAAAACCAAGACGAGUUUGAGAAAAGUCCAUUGAUUCCUGGUGAAAAGGAUCAGUUUAUGAGACUCAAGGAUGUUGUUGCCGGUAAACAAACAUUGGCAUUUCAACUGAAACCCAAGAUGGUAAUGUUAAGGGUCUCCAUGCACUGCAAUGGAUGUGCCAGGAAAGUUGAAAAACAUAUCUCGAAGAUGGAAGGGGUGACUUCGUACAAAGUAGACCUGGAAAGCAAGAUGGUGGUUGUGAUCGGAGAUGUUCUGCCUUAUGAGGUGGUGCAGAGUGUGUCUAAGGUCAAAAAUGCCGAGAUUUGGAACUCGCCGUGAUGAUCAGUAUCAACAAUUCAUGUCUUCCACUCUAUCUAAAAGCGCUACCACCUAUUGCCCAAGUGCCAAUCCACAAAGAAGAGAUCUGAAAAUUGUCAUAAGUUCUGGUUUGUGCAGAGAUGGAAAAAAUGGCUCCCUAUAUAGCUAUUGUCAAUCUCAUCUUGAUUGUAAGCUCAUAUGUAUUAUACGUUUUAGAGGAUCUAAAGGCCACUUUGUAUCUGAUUAUCUCUCAAAGUCGCACUAUAUAUAAAAAUCAACUGGAUAUUAUAUGUUGAUUAA